GGUAUAUCCGUCGAACCAGUUCUCGUAUUGCCGUCGCUCUUCCUUUCCAACGUCCGCCUCUCCGGGCCUCUCGCCAGGCCAAGCUGCACAAGAUGAACGAAGAAGUGGAUCAGUUCAUGGCUAUAACCGGCGUCACCGCCGAGCGUAUAGCUCGCGGUUACCUGGAGAUAUCGGGUGGCGACCCGAUGCAAGCCAUACAGCUCUUCUUUGAAAAUCCCGAACUGCAAGCGAGCUUUAAUGAACGAACGCCUGCUGCUUCUGCUUCAACUCGGCCGCCCGCCUCAUCGUCCGCCGUCGACCCGAAUCGGGGGUUCAGUGGUCGCGAAGACGCGCAAGGUGUCAUCCACAUAGAUUCCGAUGACGACAGAGACGUGUCGAUGGCUGACAACCCGUACGUUAUACCCGACGACAGCGAAGACGAUGAUGUAGUGGCCAUCGCGAGGACUGCACAGGAAGAGGAGGAUGCAGCCAUGGCGCGACGAUUGCAAGAGGAGAUGUAUUCGGAGAACCCGACGUCCGCUGACGGUGUGCGCGCCCCGAUGCCGCAGACAACCGAGAUGCUCGCGGCUCCUGACCCGACAUGGACCUUGGAUGCGGAUCGAGAAGCGGCCGUGAUGGAACAACUGCGUCGACGACACAGACCUCUGGGCCCAAGCGCUUCGAACCCUUUCAACCAGUCCUCGGUCGACUGGUUUGACACCGAAGAAGCUGUGCACGCGCCUGCCUCCCGAGCGCCGGAGACUGCUUCGGCUAGCAGUACGUCGCGGAGAUUAAGAGACCUAUUCUCCCCGCCGACGAGUUUGAUUACCCGCUUACCCCUAGACUCGGCAAGAGACGUCGGCAAGGAAGAGAAGAAGUGGAUUCUGGUAAAUCUCCAGAAGUUGGACGAUUUCCGAUGCCAGAUCCUGAACAGAGACCACUGGAAAAACGAGAAUAUCGCAUCGUUGAUUCGCGAACAUUUCAUAUUCCUGCAGUACUCUCUUGACGACCCUCUCGCCCAGUCCUACACUAUGUUCUACUUCGUCAACCAGUCGCACGAGGAUGCAAACAAUUACCCCCAUGUCUCCAUCAUCGACCCUCGUACCGGCGAGCAGGUCAAAGUAUGGUCAGGGGACUCCUUCCCUUCCCCCACAGAAUUUCAUUCGGACCUCGUCGAGUUUCUCGACCGCUACAGCUUAGCAGCCAACAGCAAGAACCCCGUCGUCAAGUCGAAGCCGAAGACGAGAUCUGUGGAUAUAGGUCGGAUGACGGAAGAGGAAAUGCUCGAGAUGGCAUUGCAAAACAGCCUUAACGAAGACGGCGGCCCAUCGGAGCCUAGCGUUCACGACCCCGACGCGCUCACCAAGUCUCCCGACGCCGGAAAGGGUAAAGGGAAGGCGACUCUCGACGCAGUUAGCUCCGAGGGAAGUUCGGCCCAAGCAUCUCCUCCCCCUCCGCCAUCAUCGGGAUCGGUGUUUUCGCAAAUAUCGUCGACGAACCCCCAUGUCGAGCCCGAAAACAACCCGGCGACGACGACGAGAAUACAGUUUCGUCAUGCGGGAGGCCGCGUGAUCCGAAGGUUUGCGGCGGCGGACCCGGUCAGCCGCAUCUACGAGUGGCUCAAGGCCGAGCCUCUGGAAGGUCGGCAAGGGGUACAGUUCGAGCUCAAGGCGAUGCCAGAAGGCAGGGAUCUAAUCGAGGCGCUUGGUAAGUCUAUCGAGGACGCCGGUCUAAAGCAGGGUACGGUCAUGAUCGAGUUUAUCGAGGACCCGUAGCCGUGGUUGGCGCGGUGAAAGGAACGGCGAAGGGGACGGGCCGUAACGUGUGCGUAAUAGGGGCAAAGAGGGCUACUAGAGGGACACUGGUCCUUUUCUUACGUUCACAAACG